GGCUGAACCAAGGCAGAUUUAAACACAACACAAUAACACAUGUGGUUUGUUUACUUGAUACAAAACUAGCUGAUUGUGAGAGCCUAAAAUUUAUUCCCUCUGUUAGACCCAGGUUAGACCACUAGAAUUUCUCCUCGAAAUGGACAAAAUUGUGAGUCGAGUAAGAAUUGACCUUUCCGAAUUUUAUCGGGACGAAAGAAAAUCGUGCUUGAAGAGCCUUGACUACAGUGCUUUGAAAAAGGUGUCGGAUUUGAAAAAUUAUAUCGUCACGGAAAUGGGGAUAUUGGGUCAGACUCAGCUAAUGCUGGGAAAUUCAAUAUUGCUUGGCUCUGACGACCUUCGAGUAAUCAGAGAUGGUGACGAACUCAAGUUGGUUAGCUAUGAUUUCAACUGCUUGCACUCGGGGAGAAAAUCAAAUGUGUUGGAACCUGCCGAUGAACAUUCUGAGGCAACUUCAUCCAUGUCAGUUUGUUCUGAUGACUGUCUCAAAGCCACCUUUCAGUCAUCACUAGAGGCGCAAGCUGCAGAAAACUUUAAAAAUACGGUGUCUCAGGAAGGACUGGAAUGGAUGAAUGAGCCCCUUCCAAAGAGGAAGAGGUCGAGAAGAGGCAGGAAGAAAAAGGCCGAGGUGACAAGCUCUGAAAAUGGAUCUGUUGCUCCUCCUAAGAGUCACAGAUUCGUGCCACACAAGAAAUUCAAACAGGCAUCUCCAGAUCCUAAACACCACGUCAAAUUUGAUAUUGAAGCCGAAGAGGACUUGCCAAGCAAUGAACUGACCCCACCAAGCCAAAAUAGACCGGGAAAAAUUAAUCCCUCAACUCCUGUCAAAGAAAAUGGCAAUGAAGAGCCUCCUGUGGUGUUCAAAAGGGAUUUCAGAAAAGAGCCUGUGAGGAUUGCGAACCCUUACGAGACUAUGUCUGACCAGGAACUUUUUGACCUGCCCCCUGUAACAAAGGUUCCGAGCAUUGGAGAAACAAUAGCAUUUAGGGUGCUCUUUGUCAACGAGGAUUGUGUUCCAGAACUAUCUGGUUGGCUCAUUGGCAAUGUUAUUGAUGAAGUUGAAGCAGUUGUUAACCUCAAGUUAAUAAGAGGAACAAAUCCAAAAUACCAGAGGAGAAAUGACAAGUUCAGCAUGGACGAUGAUGGUCCUGAGGAAAUAGAGGAUUUCAUGUCUCUUCCAUUCGAAGAACUCGCCACGCCAAGACUUUUGCCAUCGGACUGAGAGAAAUGAAAACAAAAACUUAAAAUAAACUGAUGAUUAUUCAUCCAGACA